CACACACAAAGUUAUUGGGGGGGCACGAAAGUUUUUUGUCCUCCAAAGGGGGGCCCGACAGAAAAAAUUUGAGAACCACUGCAUCAACUGGAGAUCGCUGGACCUUAGCUGGCAACCACAGCUAUUUGGGGGUGACCGGACACUUUAUUGAUGGUGAGUGGAACCUCAACUCAUUUGCACUGACUGUCAUGAAAACUGAAACCAGGCACUUUGCUGAUAAAUGUCUUGAACAGUUUCUCAAAGUGGCAAAUGACCGGGGAAUUGAAAACAAGAUAUCCACCAUCGGUACAGACAGCGCAGCAAACAUGCUGGCUGCUAUGAGAGCUCUUCCAUACGAGUACAUCGCCUGCAAUGCUCACAUUCUCCAGAGGAGCAUCACGAUCUGCCUCGAUAGCAGCGGGGUUGCCGGUGUACUAGCAAAGUGCCUCAAGACUGUUGGCCAUUUUAAACAAAGUCCUGCGAGUACCACAGAACUUAACCAGCAACAAGUAGCACUUGGAAAAAAGAGCGAGCAACUUAUGCAGGAUGUACCGACCAGGUGGAAUUCGACUCUCGCAAUGGUCUCACGUCUCCUACGCAACCGAGAAGCUGUCCAGGCUAUGUUGGACCAACAGAACAACCACAGAUUGGUUAUUCCAACCGAAGCUGAGUGGGGGAAACUGCAGAGGCUGGAGGUCCUGCUUGAACCAUGCAGGUAUGCGACUGAGCUGCUGAGUGGUGAGGCCUACGUCUCUUGCUCUGUAGUGCUGCCUGCUUUUCGCCAUCUGGACCGUGUCAUGGACAUCACUGAUGAUGAUCCUGCCUACGUGGUAAAGUUCAAGAAUGCCUUCCAGAGUGACCUAGCAGCACGGCGAGCUGAUGCCAACAAAACAUGGUUUAGGGGGGCCACAGCACCGGAUCCACGUUUUAAGGAUUUGAAAUGUCUUCCAAGAGGAAAGAGGGAACAGGUGUGGACCAGUCUGGAGAACAUGCUCCAAGCAGCAGAGCCCAGAAGAGCAGCUACUCUUCAGCCCUCCACAGAGGAUGAUGAACCAGCGCAGAAGAAGAGGAGGAGCUCUCUCCUACUGGGGUCUGACUCUGACUCAGAAGAAGGUGGAAUGGAGUCUGGAGAGCUGCGGUGCUACAGAGCAGAACCCAGCAUCAGUAUUGAUGACUGUCCCCUGCAGUGGUGGUAUGCUCACUCAGGAGCCUAUGAACAGCUGCCAGUCCUAGCAUGCAAAUACCCGGCCUCCCCGGCAACCUCUGUACCUUGUGAGAGACUGUUUAGCCUCGCAGGCCACAUAGUGCAAAAAAAAAAAAAGGGCAGCCUUGCUCCCAGAAAAUGUGACCAAGCUGGUCUGUCUCAGUGACUGGCUGAAGAGGAAAUAAGAGGCAUGAGGUCAGCAUGGCUGCUAUAUCCUCUGUAGCCUACUGGAAAUGAUUGCUUGUUAUUUCAGCACUUUUUGUGAUGAUGAACAAUGUUAUUUUGAUGUGCUAACUUACAGCACUGUGAUUGAUGGGUCUGUUUUAGUUGUUUUAUCUGAAGCAGAAGAAAUGCAGCAAGUUCUGUGUUCAAUACUUGUAUUCCUCAGAAAAGUGUUCUUACUUUUUUUGGUGUUAACUUACAGCACUUUAUAUGGACCUGAUGUUUUAUUUUAUUUUCUAAUUAUUUAGAGAUUGACAAAAGAGCACAGCAAUAUUCCCUCUGGUGGUCGAAACUAAAGGUUUCAUGCAGCACUUGGGACUAGUCUCAAAUACAUAAAUGGUUAGAACUGCAUUUGUUCAAGUCUGUUGAAAACAAUAAAUUAACU